UCACAUUUCAUUUUAUCGUCACUGAAAUGAUGGGACGAAAUAUUGAAAACAUAUUGAAUGAAAAAAAAUGUUUAUACCAAUUAUAUCUCUGUCAGGUCCAGUCGAUAUCAAGUGGCUGAAGUGUAUUCGUCUUUUAUUUAUUUUUGUGUUGUUUUGUCUUGUAUAUGUUUGUGUUAUUUUUUAUAAAUGGAUUCUCGAGAAUAUCAACAGUUGAUGUUCAACCUGCUCGGCAAUAGAGAUUAUGAUAACUUCGAGAGUGAUGAAUUAGACAGCUUGAAAAAAAAGAUUGGUUACGCCCUGUAUGGCCACCCCAGCAAUGAGGAAGGCUACGAUUCAAACCAAAAUGCAACAAUCGAUAAACUUUCCGAUGUAAUUCUGAAUGAAACUAACGAAUUUUCCAAACACAAGAACCGGGUGGUGGUAUCCUUCGUAUACAACUGCACCGAACCCUCAGACUAUGAGAAGCAAAGGAGGGCAGCUAAAUAUAAAGAUUACGAUCCGAAGACCGAUGUACAACCCUUGCCUGUAUUCGUACUCAGGAAGUGUAAAUAUAGCCCCACAUCAUGUCGAGUUGUCGUCGAUCACCUUGGGAGGGUCUACACGAGCUGGGAGGAAUAUUUGUACAGAAACACCCUGCCGCAAUGCACCAUGGUCUACCCCAAAGACGGCAGAUAUACGGGGGAUGAAAAUGGAAAUGUCAUCUUGGAUACCAUGAUGUCACCUGCGUGCAAUUUGAGUGCUAAAGUCUUGGUUGGGACAGAUGUAGCAUCUACUGGAGUCGGCUUAGCAUCAGCUGGAGUAGCAAUCGCUGCCAGCAUUCCUGCUGUGACCGUGGUUGGACCUGUCGCUUUAAUUGGAGCUGGAGUGGCAGGAAUUGGUGUUGGAAUUUAUUCCAUUGGUCGGAGUUUGGGAUCCCUCUACGACAAACAUCGCCAUAAAGAGAGUAUCUGUUUUUCGAACUCAGCAGCUCGAGCAGCUUACAUCAACAUCAUAGCAGGGGCUAUGGGUUUUAUAGGAGCUGGAGCUAACGUUGCAGUGUCCCAGUUAGCUUCUCAAGGCGUGAAUAUUGGUAGGGAAACGUCAAUUAUUGUCAACGCCAUAGCUGCAGCCAAUAUUGGAACAAGUGGAUUGGCCAUACUCAACUCUGGAUACAAUGCACUGGAGCCUUGGAUGAAAGAGGGAAAGCCCCCAUCGUUAUUGACGUUAGUUCAACUGAGUUCAUCCAUACUAUUUUUCGGACAUGCCGUUUAUAAUUUCAAGUCAGCCAGCGCUCUGGUGGAAGAAACUCAAAAUAGAGUCCUGAAGGAUAUACACGAAAGUCUGAAGCACAACAGGUGCAGGAAAGCCUUCGAGAGGCUCAGACAUGAAGCCAUAAGGAAAAACAACGGUGACGUCCAAAGAGGCAACGCAGAAGUGAUAGCUACUAUGAGGAGAAUCAUCGACAAAGAUCAACUCUUGGAAAUCUUAUCGGGAUCCGAUAGAGAUUUUGAAGAUUUGGGAAUAUCAUGCCCAUCCAAAACAGACGGUAUGCUGAGAUUCAACGACGUUCAAAUCGACAUAAACGACGUCAGCAGUUUACCGGACGGGACAAUGGAGAACUUCUUUUCCAUCUCAAGGACCUCUGAGACUGUCACGCCUAGCAACAUCUGCGACAUAAAGGAUAACAUCAAGAACACCUUCGUGGCGUUGGGAUUGGAAGGUGGAGGCGUAUCGAAAAUAAGCAAUUAUUUCGUUGGAAUGACAGGUUCUUUGAGCUGUAUAGCCGGACCUAUACUUGGCUUGAUCAGAGGGUUCGUCAGUGAGUACCUGCUAAAAGACGAACAUCUACUGAAGGCUUUAAACGAGCUGUUUCCAAAUUCAGAAGAAAAAUCGUUGCAACUCAUAAACACGAUCGCUGGGUUCAUUUUCGAGGAAGCCAAGAAGAUUGAGACAAUUUUCGAGAGCUCAGACGCCAUAGAAACCUCGCUUUUCAAAGCCGUAUUCGGCUACGUCAAGGAGAUGGAGUUCAAUGAGGAUGACCGACUGAGGUAUUUCAUGAAGUUCGUUUGCGAUACCUACUACGAGGGUGGAAAUCUGACAAAGGCAGGGUUGGAAGAGCUGAAGACGUACUUCGCGAAACUGAUGACUGAGCAGAUGCUCUUAUACAAGGAUAAAAAGAAGAAGAUGGAGAAUAGACUGAAGGAUCAGGUAACCAAGGAAAGAGUGAAAUGUGCAGAUUGUCAUGGGUUUUACUAUUCUACGGUGAAACCGGUCAAAAUUAAUACAGUUGAGAAACCAAACAAACAAUGAACGUUCUUUAAUAUCUAAUUGAAUGAACUCCUUAAUGCAACACAAUGUUUUAAUUAUUUAUUCCUCACAUGUAUCUAUAUUUACAAUUAUAAUAUUUCACAAGAA